AUGCCUUUCAAACGGCCCGCGCCUGAGCCACAUCCUCGCUCAGCCUCUCAAUCAGAGUCCUCGUCCUCGAUUCUCCGACCGCUGAAGCACGCUCGUCUCGAUUCCUCAGAGAAGGUCCUGUCGAACGUUACUUUGUACAUCGUGCAGGCGAAGCUUGAUCCAUCUAGUCUUCCAGAACUGUUUCGGCUCGCGGAGCGGCAUGCCCAACGUCUGUGCUCAGAUGCCAACGACGCCGACGUGAUAAUCACGGCGAUACACAUGAAACGACGUCUUGAACGACAUAUCCCUUGGAACCUUGCUAAGCAGAAGGCGAUAGUAACGCCCCAAUGGCUUCGGGAUAGCGUGAAACAGAAGAAACCCCUUCCGUGCGGAGACUACGCUGCUGUUGAAGAGCUCCGGACUGAGACGGUGGAGAACUGCCCAGACUGUAACCUUGCAUCAUGCGUCUGCGGGGACUCGGAUUCAGACGUAGAGACUCCAUCCAGUCAUGUCCCUUUCGAGGAGAAGCACCUACAACCACGACCGCAAAUCCCGCGUCCGACUUCACCUACACCUGCCCUGGAGCUAUUGACACCUAGAUCUCUACGGAUGGAUACAAAUGUUGAGGCGAUGGUGAAGCAGACUGCGGAGGACAACAUACCAGUUCGUCUCUUGCCUCCGGAUCCGCCCAUCCCGACGCGUUUGGACAAGCUCGACUACACGUCUCGCUACUCUUGUCAGCGCGCAUCCCCUCUUGUAUGUCCGAAUCAGGACCUUGUACGAGAACUCGACAUAGUGCAUCGAUCUCGUGCUAUGGAGGGCGAGGAACGCAGCGCGUUGAGCUACGAACGUGCAAUAUCGGUCAUCAAAGCGUACCCGCAGCGCAUCACCUCCGUCUCGCAGGUACAGAAGUUGCCUUUCAUUGGGCAGAAGACAGGCACCAUGGUGGAACAAUUCGUCAACACCGGCAAGAUUGACGAAGCGCAGACUAUACUCGCAUCGGACCGCUUCAAGGCUCUCAGCCUCUUCACCUCUAUCUAUGGCAUCGGGCCCAACACCGCCCGCCGUUUAUAUAGCUUCGGCCUGCGCACCAUCAACGACCUGGAGGUCUACUACGGUGUCGAGCGCGACGACCCGCCCGACCCAGCCCAAUCAGAACUGCACGAGCUCGACAUGCAGAAGCGGCCACAGUACUGGCGCGGACAGGACCAGAGCGCUACCGACCGCAAGCGGGGGAAGCUCGGGAACUUCGGCGGAGAGAAGGGCGAGGGUGAUGAAGGCCUGGGGGAUAGCUGGAUCAGGGUCGCGCUGGAAUUGCGCGAGGAUCUCGCUGUGAAAAUACCGCGAGCGGAGGUUGAAGAGAUGGGGCGCAUCGGCAUGGCUGAGCUGGACGAGCUCGAGCCGGGGUGCGUCAGUACGAUCGUUGGAGGGUACCGGCGCGGCAAGCCAGAGAGCAAUGACGUCGACAUCGUCUUCACGCACCCGGACGCGGAGGUCGUGAAGGGGCUCUGCAAGCGGUUUGUGCGCAGGCUAUACGAACGCGGGAUGGUCAGCCAUGUCAUGCACCUAUCUGGCUUUCAUGGACACAACCCCCUCCGAACUACCCAUUGGGACUCGCUCGAGAAGGCGCUGACCGUCUUUACGCUGCCGACAUCGACCCCGUUCCACAACGGCGUCCGACGGCGCCUCGACUUGAUAUUUGCACCACCGGAAGUGUACUGGACCGCUGUGAUUGGCUGGUCGGGCUCGAUUAUGUUCCAACGGGACCUCAGACAAUGGGCAAAAGAUAAACUCGCCAUGAAGUUCGAUAGCUCAGGAAUCACACGACGGUACGAUUCGAAGAUGUUCUUCCCCAAGACGGAGAAGGAGGCAUUCGAUCUUUUCGGUCUUGAAUGGGUAGAGCCGAAGUGGAGGAACGCGGACGCAUGA